CGAGAUCACCCUCAAGGCCAGGGUUGUACCUCCGCGUGGUUGCAUCUACCGCAUGAGCGAGGAAGAGUUAAGUGUGCUACGGGCACAACUCGACGACCUUCUUGAGAAAGACUGGAUUCGGCCUAGCUCUUCGCCAUACGGCGCUCCCAUUCUCUUCGUUCGGAAGAGGAACAAAGACUUGCGGUUGUGCAUCGAUUAUCGCAAGCUCAACGCGCAAACCGUCAAGAACGUCGACCCUCUUCCACGCAUCGACGACCUCCUCGAACGACUGGGCGACGCCAAGUUCUUCUCCAAGCUUGAUCUCAAAUCGGGAUAUCACCAACUCGAGAUCCGGCAGGAGGACCGCUACAAGACCGCGUUUAAGACGCGAUAUGGCCAUUUUGAAUGGUUGGUUAUGACUUUUGGCCUUACGAAUGCCCUGGCCACGUUCCAAGCGGCUAUGACCACGGAGUUCCGACACAUACUCGAUAGAUUCAUACUCAUCUACCUCGACGAUAUCUUGGUGUACAGCCGGAGUUUGGACGAGCAUGUGGAGCACCUGCUCACCUUUUUGGAGUGGCUACGACAAGCCAAGUACAAAGCCAACCGCGACAAAUGCGAAUUCGCGCGGCAAGACCUUGAGUACAUGGUACAUUAUGUGACGCUGCAAGGCAUCCGUCCGCUCGCGGACAAGAUUGAGGUCAUCCGCGUAUGGCCCGAGCCCACCAACACCACGGGCGUUCACUCAUUCAUGGGGUUGGCAGGCUACUACCAACAGUUCAUCACCGGAUACUCAAGGAUCGCCGCACAAUUGACGAGACUACAAUCGCCAAAUGUGCCAUUCGUAUUCGACGCCGACGCGCGCCAGUGAUUCCAAGCACUCAAGACGACCAUGCUCAUGGCACCUGUCCUGACUCCUUAGCAUC